GCGGAGGACGGCGGGGUCAUCGCGCUCGACUGGCCCGCCAAUCUCGACCUCCACAAGGAGCAUGGCCUCGAUUCCACCGUGCUCGUCGUGCCCGGCACACCCGACGGCAGCAUGGACAGCGCCGUCCAGAUGUUCGUGCUCGACGCGCUCAAGAGCGGCUACUUCCCCAUUGUCAUGAACCCCAGAGGAUGCGGCGGGUCGCCGCUUACCACGCCCAGGUUAUUUACAGCGGCCGACAGUGACGAUAUAUGCACAGCAAUAGGCUUCAUAAACAACAAAAGACCGUGGACGACAAUAAUGGGUGUUGGGUGGGGGUACGGUGCCAAUAUGCUGACAAAGUACCUUGUCGAAGUUGGAGAGUCUACUCCUCUUACAGCUGCUGUUUGUAUUGACAAUCCUUUUGACCUACAAGAAGCAACCAGGUCGUUUCCUCAUAAUGUAGCUCUUGAUCAAAAGCUCAUGGCUGGCUUGGUCGAUAUUCUGCGUGCUAAUAAGGAACUCUUUCAAGGAAAGGAUAAAGACUUUGAUGUUCAGAAAGCUUUGUCAGCCAACUGUUUGCGGGACUUUGAUGGAGCAAUAUCCAUGGUUUCACAUGGGUUUGCUACUGUUGAUGAUUUCUAUGCGAAAAAUAGCAUGAGGCUAUCAGUUGCCCGUGUGAAAAUACCUGUACUCUUUAUACAGAGUGAUGAUGGGACUGUGCCACUUCUAUCAGUACCACGCAGUUCAAUAUCAGAAAAUCCUUUUACCAGCCUUCUCCUUUGUUCUUGUGUGCAUUCCACUGUCUUCACCUUUGAGAGGUACACUGCGUUGUGGUGCCAGAAUCUUACCUUAGAGUGGCUGUCAGCAGUGGAGUUUGCGCUUCUGAAGGGUCGACAUCCGCUCAUAAAAGAUGUAGACAUCACUAUUAACCCAUCCAAAUCUCUAGCAUUCAUUGAACCUCAACCAGAUAACAAGAAGGUCCCAAAAGAUAAUAAUUUUCAUGAGCAAUCGCAACUGAUUUUUUAUAAUAAUGUCCCACAUGGAACAAAUGGGCUGCUCACUGGUUCUCCAAAUGAAAAUGCCGGUACUGAAAACAGUGGAAGUGGGCUGUUAGAAGAUAAUGGUUACAUGGAUAGGGUUAGCAAAGAUUCGGAUGAAGAAGAGUCACAACAAGAGUCAGAAGAGAGUUCUGAAGAUGAUGAAAGGGGUCAUGUACUACAAUCCGCAAGUCUUGCGAUGAAUAUGCUGGAUGCUACAAUGCCUGGUACUCUCGAUGAUGAUCAAAAGAAGAAGGUUAUGAUGGCAGUGGAACAAGGUGAAUCUCUUGUGAAAGCUCUAGAAGAAGCUGUACCUGAAGAUGUGCGUGGAAAGCUUACAACUUCUCUGACUGAAAUUUUACAAUCUAGACGAGGCAAUUUCAAUUUAGAGGCACUGAAGCGUGGCUGGACUAGUGUAAGAUCAUCCACCCGGUCAGGGGUCCAAGAAAAGGUCAAAGAGUCAGAUCAGGAGAGUGGACAUAAGGAUGCCAAAAUGCUUGAUCAGGACAGAAGUGUUACAUCCAUUGGCGAGGGAGACCAAAAGGACACUAAUUUGACCUCAAGCGACAGGAAUCCUGGAGAAGGCACUGAUCUAUUACAAGGAAAGCCUUACCAACCUUCUGGAACUCUUGGAACUGGAAUUGAAACAGGAAGUGAACAGACUCAACUCAAAUCAGAGAAAGGAAACUCUGGCUCUGGAGUAAAUGAAAGCAGUGAAGAACAGCACAGGGCCGAUGAGGGAAGUGAAACAGCUCCAAGUAAUGUUUCGGAUAAUCAAUCAAUGACCAACUCAAAUGGGGCUCCUAGAGAGCAAGUGCAGUCCGAAGAUUCUACAGCAGAGCCGAAUCCACAGUCUAAUGCGAUAGAUAAGGAAGGUGAUGCAGUUCGUGCCAAUGAAGAUAAGGCUGCACAUAAUGUUGUUGAUCAGAGCAUGCAAGUCUCUAAGCCAGAAGAAUCUAGACCUCCCCCAGUUAAUGUGACACAGGCAUUAGAUGCCUUAACUGGAUUUGAUGACUCGACUCAAAUGGCUGUCAACAGUGUAUUUGGAGUUCUCGAAAAUAUGAUUGACCAGUUUCAAAAACAUCGUGACUCUGAGAAUGGGGACAAUUCUGAGGGAACCACUGAUGAACCUUCUGUAGAUGAGACAGAGUCUGAUGUGACAGCCAAUGUGGACAAUGAGUUGAGUGGGAAGGAAAAAAAAUCAUCCUCUGAUCAGCCGCAACAUAGUAUUUCUGUUGAAGCUCGUCCAAUAAUGUCUGAGGAUUACACUUCUGGUGAGACUGUUUCUGAUAUAAUCGUUCCACCUUCGAAAGGAAAGGUAAGAGAUUCUCAAAAAAACAAACAUGGGAAGUAUGUGAAUGGUGAUAUUACAAAGCAGGGCAGUGACUCACCUGAUUAUUUAUUGGAUAUAGCUGCCAAUCCUUAUUUAAAGGUGCAGCAUGCUUUGUACCUUCAUGAGUAUCUUUCAAGACAAUUGCAACUCCAGUCACCAGAUUUGAACUCAGCAACUGAUCUUUUCCUUGAUCCGCAAGAGGGUAAAUGGAAACUAGCAGAUCAAAUGGACAAUCUGCAAGACGGCAUUUCUAAAUCUGACAAGCAUAACAGCAUUGAGGAAGAGAUCGAACGUGCAGAUUCCUCCCAAGCUCUACCUAGGAGAGACAAUGUUAUUUUUCCAUCAUACUCGGUUCUGGGGAACUUUGCAGGAAAUGAGAAGUUGCCUGGUAAUGCUUUGAGACAGACCCUCACAUACUUCAUUACUGAUGAAUUAUCAAAUGUCCUCAAAACUGAAGUUGGUCGCAAAUUGGGGCUUAAAAGUACCGAGAAACUUCAAAGAAGACUUGCACAUGAUGUAGAAAGACUCGCUACUCAGGUUUCUAGAACUAUUGUGCGCGAUUGUGAAUUAUACAGAGCUACAUCUGUGCAGAGAAAUCCAACAACUGUGAAAUUUGGUGUGGUUCAUGGAGAAAAUGUCAUUGAAGCUGUAUCAACUGCAGUUCAGCAAUCUGAUGAUCUGAGAAAUGUUCUUCCAGUUGGCGUCAUAGUUGGUGUAGCUUUAGCAUCUUUAAGAAAUUAUUUCCACGUUGGUGUCUCUAAGCAUGACAACCUUACAAAAGCUGCAGUGAAGUCAGGAAUUUUAAAUGAGGAUCUUAUUGUUCAGGAUGCAGACAAAGCAAAUAUAGAUAAUCCAUCCUCCAGAAAAAAACUAGAAAAUACAGAUCAUCAUAUUGAAAAAACUGGACAGCACAAGCAGCAGGAGAUAACAAGGUCAGAGGGUAAAGGCAUGAUGGUUGGGGCUGUUACAGCUGCACUAGGUGCCUCUGCCUUCGUAGCACAUCAUCAACAAAAGGAAGUUGAGGAGCAUGAGAUCGACGGAACUGAACAGGAAAAGAGUCAGAACAACUUAGUGAGCAGCUUUGCUGAGAAAGCCAUGUCUGUUGCAGCUCCUGUAGUACCCACAAAGGGUGAUGGUGAGGUUGAUCAUGAUAGGCUCGUUGCUGUUUUAGCUGAACUUGGACAACGAGGUGGAAUUUUGAAAUUUGUGGGGAAAAUCGCUCUACUCUGGGGAGGUAUUCGUGGUGCUAUGAGCUUGACUGACAGGCUUAUCUUGUUCUUACGUAUCAGCGAACGUCCCUUACUCCAGAGGAUCUUGGGAUUUUCCUUCAUGGUACUUGUUCUAUGGUCUCCUGUUGUGAUUCCUCUACUGCCAACACUUGUUCAAAGUUGGACAAUAAGCGCUUCAACAGGAAUUGUUGGAGAUGCUUGCAUUGUUGGCCUGUAUGUAUCUAUAAUGAUACUUGUCAUGCUAUGGGGAAAAAGAAUACGUGGCUAUGAGAAUCCAGUUGAGCAAUAUGGGAUGAAUCUUACAUCUGUGUCAAGGGUGCAAGAAUUUCUGCAAGGUCUUGUUGGAGGCGUGGCUGUUGUUUGGUUGGUGCAUUCGACAAGUAUUUUACUUGGCUUUGCAACUCUUCGAGAAGGGCCCUCUUCGUUCUUAGCUAGACCAUUUGAUCUUGUCAAAUAUUCAAGUAAUUCCUUGUUGCUAGCUCUUAGAGGGUUUAUCACAGCAACUAGCAUUGCUGUGGUGGAAGAAGUGGUUUUCCGAUCAUGGCUUCCGGAAGAAGUUGCGGUUGAUCUUGGUUACUACCAUGCCAUUCUGAUGUCUGGACUUGCCUUUUCUCUAAUUCACCGGUCUCUACCUUCAGUACCAGGUUUCUUGCUACUUUCUCUGGUGCUAUUUGGGCUUAAGCAAAGAACGCGAGGGAAUCUUGCUGCACCAAUUGGCAUGCGUUCUGGAAUUAUGACUGCUAGUUAUCUCACAAGAAGCAGUAGUAUCAUUACAUUCAAACCUGAAACACCAUUAUGGAUGAUUAGCACAUACCAUCUGCAUCCUUUCGAUGGUGCAAUUGGCUUAAGUAUAUGUGCGUUACUUGCUAUUCUUUUCUUCCCGCAAAAACCUGGUCAGAAGGAUACCUCUCUCUCAUGACAAUCAGGAGGACCCAAAAAAAAAACUCUUGAGGUGAGUUUCAACAAGAUCUCAUGGGCGGAAAGUUAGCACUGAAGGUU